AUGGCGGCGCCCGUCCUGAGAGUGUCCACCCCGCGCUGGGAGAGGAUAGCCCGGCUCCUAGUAUGCCUGCUGGGUAUCUUAUUGUCUCUUUAUGCGUUCCACGUCGAGAGGGAAAAGGCCCGGGAUCCGACAUAUAAGGCGUUUUGCGACGUCAGCAGCUCCAUCAGCUGCUCCAAAGUGUUCAGCUCAAGGUGGGGGAAAGGAUUUGGACUCCUUGGCUCCAUUUUUGGAAAUGACAGUGCACUGAAUCAACUAAACAGUGUCUAUGGAAUAGGUUUUUACGCUUUCCAACUCCUACUAGGAAUGACUGUAAGUGCAAUGGCUGCCCUCAUUCUCAUGAUGACAUCCAUUUUGUCGGUGAUGGGCUCACUCUAUUUGGGCUACAUCCUCUACUUUGUCCUGGAGGACUUGUGCAUCAUCUGCAUCACCACGUACGCGCUGAACUUCAUUCUCUUUAUCCUCAACUAUAAGCGACUGGUAUACUUGAAUGAGGCCUGGAAGCACUUCCAGGCCAAGCAGGACUGA